CGUUAUCCCAGCAUCAACUCGGGGUCAAUUUUUCGUCAUAGAAAUCCCGGUGGACGCGGUGGAGACGGCGACGAGAUGCGGCGCGGGAAAGAGGAUAUUGAUUGAGACGAGGAGUCCGCGCACAGACCCGCCCUUGGUGACGCGGCUGCGUUAUCGUAAGGGUGGAGGAAGUGCGCCUCGAAGCGGCGUUGUGGCUGUGCGAUUAUAUAUGCGUGUGGAAAACGCGAACCCGGCGCCGACGGAGAAAUGCAGACACCGCGAGUGCGGUCCCUGGAUGCGUGUUAACGCGUCGCAGUUAAGCCGAGGAUUUUGGUAAGCCGGUGAUCGAGCCUUGUCGAACGAAUCGUAAGUACUUAAACCGGUGAUUGCAACUGGAGAAGAAGUGGCGGAAUCCAAGUUUACCGAUGUAAUCGGCUCGAAAUCAUCCGCGUCCAUCCUCGUCGGGGCUUGUUCCAAGUAAAAUCUCCGCAUUUGGAGCCGAUGGCUCCAAGGGAAAUGUUAGAGUGUGAUCAGCGGUUUGUUUCGUGAAGACGUAGUACGAAACCGAUUCUUGGCGGAGGUACCGUUUUGGGUCUGUAAGAAGGGAGGAUAACCGGGAGAGACUGUUUCCGGAAGUGCAGGUGUUGCGACGUCGCGAUGUCGGACAGCGAGGACACCGACGAAUCCGUCGGGGAGUGGCCCGUGACCAAGGAGUGGCUCGAAGAAUUACUCACGGUCCAUCACGGCGAGGGGUCGCAGGUUUCCGUCGACGAUUUCACCGUCAGACCCGGAUGCGCCGCAGGCGACAGCGUCCUCAGCGACAUCCUCGCUGUCUCGGUCGAGUAUCGUUUGAAGCCGGAAAACACGCGGUGCGAGCUCAGCGUUAUCGUUAAACUUUUGCCCCAGGAUCCGUUCAGUCGAUUCUUCGUGACCGAGGCUCAAUUCGAUCUUCGAGAGAUCAAAUUUUACACCCAGGUUGUUCCGGAGCUGGAAGCUUUCCAGAAGAAACAAUUAGCCGGGGAAGAAGAAGGGAGCGGAGUCCAACUCCCCGAAUUGCCAAUACCUGCCUGUGUUCAUGCUCACUACAGUCCAGCGGGAGGGACUGAAGAGAGUCCGGAGCCUCCGGAGUCCUUUUUGGUAUUAGAAAAUCUUCGACCUCGUGGUUUUGAGGGAGCUGAAUUUUCCCGAGGACUAACCCUUAGGCAGGCCGAAGCUGCGCUGACGGCUGUUGCUCGACUCCACGCUUUGUCAUUGGCGAUCAAAGUCAAGGAAGGAAGAUCGCUCUCCGAGCGCUACACGUUCUUGUUUCAAACAGCCAGAGCUACGGACUCUUACCAGCAGCUCGUUGAGCGAGGAUUGCCCCAGCUUGCUCGAUUCCUUGAGAGAAGACCGGGCCUCGAAGCUGUGCUCGAAGCUCUUCUGGCUCUGCGUCCUCGCACCAAGGAAAUUAUUGCAGCUCUUCUUGCACCCGAAGGUCCGUUGGCUCUGAUAACUCACACGGAUUUUUGGUGCAAUAAUUUACUCUUCAGAGACACGGAGAAUGGUGUAUGCGAGUGCGCCAUACUCGAUUGGCAAAUGGUCACUUACAGCAGACCGACAAACGACGUAGCUCUACUGCUGGUCAGCUCCGUUCCUACGGAACUCAGACGCAGGCACACCGAAUCACUUUUGGACAGAUACUGGGCCGUUUUAACAAGUAAUUGCAGCGGUCUUGGUUUGGACAUUCCAAAAGAUCUGGAUUACAGUAGAGCUGACUUGAGUCGGGAUUAUAGGCGAUCUUUGCUUUUGGCUCUUUUACUCUGUAUAGGAUCGGUAGACGUAGCUUUAGGCGAUCCCCUCACCGAACAGCGGCUCAUAGAUGUGUUAGAAGAUCUCCAUAACGACGGUAUACUAUCGGGAGAGUCUAUUGAAAUAAAUCCAUCGGUUCAGUGAUCCUCGAGCGGUUCUUAAAAUGUAUUGUUUGAAAUCUGUCCAUUUUUGUGUUCCGCAAAGUGAUCCGUAACAGUGGAGUCAUUCAGUUGAGCAGUAAGGGAGAGAAACUAAUGGAAUAUUUAAACAACCCGCAAUCUGAUUUUAAUAUUCAAAAUUAAGCCAUUCAUUUAACACAACUGGAAGAUAUUUCCUUGUUGCUUUUUUUAUGCUUGUGAUGUUAAAGGAGAAUUGGUGAUGAAAUUAUCGCGUAGAUUAAUCAAUUAAUUAUUAUAAGCUAGUGAUAAUAUAAUAAAAAUCAAAGCAUCAUAGGGCUCGUAAGCCCGGCAGCUUCCAAAGUCCAGAACUUUUUUGAUACUGAUGAAGCAAUUCGAUACGACAUUAUUUCUCAGCGAUAUCAAUCUGAAAGUAGGUCACUACUAGUGUGUGCGUCGAGAGUAUCGAGUUAUAUUUAACUUCAAUUAAUUUGGAUUGAUAAUGUAUCAAGCAAAUAUCUAAAUUUGAAUACUAUUGAUAACGUAAAGAUCAAAAUAUUAUGAAUUUUCGAUUCAAGAAUAAUGAUAGUUUACUGAUAUUACCGUGGCUUUUGCAUCAUUACCCUGUUACGAUCGCUUACAACGCACAUUUCUACUGAUAUAAUUGUGUGAUAUUAAGUUUAAUAAAUACUUCAAAGCCUGGUAAGCUGCUCAGUGUAUAUUCGUGUUAUUUUUGCGUGUCCCGAAUUACGUCAUUCCAUAGAGUCGAAUUAUCUCUCAAACUAAUGUCUUGCACAAAUAUUUACCAAACAUUAGCAAGCAACUGAAAAAAUAAUUUUGAACUAUCCGUUUUGAGUUUAUCCUUAUUGCUGUUAAAAAUAAUUCUUUGCACUUAGCUUCAUUAUUGAGAAUUGUUGAAGGAAUGCAAAUUUAGCAACACUUGGAAAGAAAUAAAAUAUUAAAGAGUCGCUAAAUGAUUAACACAGCAUUUGCGUUAUUCUGUGUAAAUAUUUUUAAGAAGCAACAAGUCUGUUUUCCCCUGUGAUCGUAAUCAUUUUACUCUCUUUCUUGCGCCAUUAACUGCCCUAUCAAAUGUCAAUGUUAGCACCUAUUUUGCAAUAAAGAAUUGAAAAAUA